GACAGUUCCGGCUGGACAGCGCUGAUGUACGCUGCAUCCUAUCCCGCCUAUGGCUGCGAGGAGUGCUUGCCCGCACUGCUGGUGGCAGGGGCCAGCAUCAACGCAGCUGAUAACGAUGGCCACACAGCACUGAUGCACGCUGCAUCAAGCGGCUAUGAGGAGAGUGUGCAUGCACUGCUGGCAGCAGGGGCAAGCAUUGACGCAGCUGCCACUUUUAGGUGGACAGCGCUGAUGUGCGCUGCAUCCUACGGCUACGAGGAGUGCUUGCGCAUGCUGCUAGAGGCAGGGGCCAGCAUCGACGCAGCUGAUAACGAUGGCCACACUGCGCUGAUGCACGCUGCAUCAAACGGCCAUGAGAAGUGCGUGCAUGAACUACUGGGGGAAGAAGCCAGCGUCGAUGUCGCUGCUGCCAGUGGACAGACAGCACUCCACUGUGCCGCCAAGAGCGGCAGCAUCGCCAUCAUCGACUGGCUGGUGGCGGCUGGGACGGAUUUG